UUUUGUUUGAGUAUUUAAACUUGAACGUUCUCAAUUGAAUUCAAAGAUGUUCAACUUGACAGUUGGGGCGAUCGAUGCAAUAAAUAGCGGCAAGAAUGUCGAAGAGCCGGUUCUCAAACUAUUGGGGUUUAAAAGUGUCCCAGGUGGUGGCAGUGGACAAAAUCGUUAUAGAUUACUGCUCACCGAUGGCGUAAAGACUCAUUCAUUCGCUAUGCUUGCCACACAGUUAAACCACUUGAUUGAUGAAAAUAAAUUGGUUAACAAUACUGUAAUUCGCGUUAGAAAACAUGUCUGUAAUAACAUUCAGAAUAACAAAGUUGUUCUUAUCGUUUUGGAUCUUGAUAUACUUGGAACAGAUGACUCAUCGGGUGGUUUGAAGUCCGAACCAACAUCUGAAAUAGCCAAACCUGCCACAACCACUUCUCAUUCGUUAGAAAACGAACAAAAAACUCCACCCAAGUCUUCUAGUGGUCCAUUCUCUGGUGGUCAGCCAAAUACCCCUGGAACACCAGGCUCUGGUCUCCCACGUAUAUUUCCUAUACAAAGCCUCAAUCCAUAUCAGAAUAGAUGGAGUAUACGUGCUCGUGUAUCACAGAAAUCUGCCAUCCGUACUUGGAGCAAACAAGGUCGUGAUGGGAAGUUGUUCAACUUUACACUAGUUGAUGAAAGCGGUGAGAUCCGGGUUACAGCGUUUAAUGCUGAAGUAGACAAAUUUUAUGAUACGAUUGAGGUAAAUAAAGUGUAUUACGUCAGUCGAGCAAAUUUGAAAGCAGCUAAUAAACAAUUCAAUACAACAAACAAUGAUUAUGAAAUGACACUUCAUAGUGAUAGUCAAGUGUUGCCUUGUGAAGAUGCCGAUACUACUUCUUUGCCAGAAACUCAUUUCAAUUUUAUUCCAAUUGGAAAAUUGGAUACACAAUCGCCUGGAUGUUUUGUCGACAUUGUUGGGGUUGUACAUGAAUGUGGUGAAGUACAGACAAUCACUGCUAAAGCGUCUCAACGUGAAUUACGUAAACGUGAAUUAGGACUGGUGGAUAGUUCUAACUGUCUAGUGCGUCUUACACUAUGGGGUGAAGAAGCAGAGAAUUUCGAUGGUGCCAGUCAUCCUGUGAUUGUUAUAAAAGCAGCAAAAAUAUCUGAUUUUAAUGGUCGCUCGCUAUCUGUCAGCCCAACAUCAUCUCUUCUCAUUAGUCCUACAAGUAUUCCAGAAGCUAUACGACUAAAAGGCUGGUAUGAACAUGAAGGUCGUUAUUCUAACUUUGAAACCUUCCGCAGUGAAAUGAUUGGAUCUUCAGGAGGAGCAGGAGACAAUGUAUCUAAUUCAUCUGGUGCUCUUGGCGGUUGGAAUCUUUUGCAUGAUGUAAAAGCAUCUGGUGUGGGAGCUAAUACUAAAGCAGAUUAUUUUACUUGUAAAGCCACGGUUGUAUUCAUGAAAAAAGAGAAUUUCAUGUAUCAAGCUUGUUCCACUGAAGGAUGCAAUAAAAAAGUGGUUGAUUUAGGCAAUGGAUUAUAUCGAUGUGAAAAAUGUGCCCGGGAAACACCAGAUUAUAAAUGGCGUCUGCUUCUUAUGGUGAAACUUGCUGAUGUUACUGGGGACUUAUGGGUUACAUGUUUCCAAGACGCUGCAGAAGCUAUACUGGGCCAGACGGCGGAUAAGUUGGGCGCUAUGAGGUCAACUCAAGAUGAAGCACAGUUAGAAAAAGUGUUUAUCGAGUCAGCAUUCAACUCAUGGAUAUUUCGUUUACGAGCUAAAGUUGAUCGUUAUAAUGAUGAAGAACGUUUACGUGUUGUUGUAGCAGAUGUGAAACCGGUUGAUUUGGUCGAUUAUUCCAGGCGUCUAUUGAAAGCAAUUAAUGAUUUGUCGACAACUUUAUCUAUUCAGUAAAUCUAAAUUGAAGAAAUCAUAUUCAGCGAAGUUAAAUAACGCUGUUGUGUUGUUGCCUGACAAUGAUGAUGAUGAUGAAUUUUGUUAUUUCACAUUUCAGUCAACAGUAAUAUUUUAGGAAGGUAUUUUUAUUUUGGUAUUCUGGAAAUUGCAUUUUAAUUUUCCAAAGAAUUCUCUCUUUUUUUCUCUCUCUCUCGCUGUCCUUAACUCUCCAUUUGUACAUUUUCCGUGUAUAUAUAUUAUAUAUUAUGGUGGACAUGAGAUUUUGUAAUCCGAGUUUAUUUAUUUCACAAAAUAUCAUUAAAACUCCGAUAGAGAAAAAAUAUAUAUAUUUACAUCAUAUUUA